AACAACAGCAGGAAGUGAAUGCAGAACUAGAAUCACAUGAGAAAAGAAGCUUGUUGAGAAAGAUUUCAGACCGAAGCUUUGACCCAUGCCCUGACUGCGGAUUGUACAGUAACAGCAACCUUUAAAUGGCAGCCUCACAUGGUUCAGAGCCAAGCCUGACCCGAGUGGUUGUACUGUUAAUGGGUGAGAAACAAAGUGGAAAGAGCUCAACAGGAAACGCCAUCCUGGGAAAAACAGCCUUUCACAAGAAAACAACGCGCAGCUGCAAAGAAGAUGGCACCAUCUUUGGAAUACAAGUGAACAUACAACUUUACAGUUUGGAUUUACUCAUUUUAAAUAAAUCUGGUCUUUACUCACUUUGACUAAAUUUAAUCAACCAGGUGGCAGUGGUGGACACCCCAGGGUGGCUGUCCCAAUCCACCACUCCAGACAAGGUGUCCCAGGAGCUCUGCAGAGGUCUGACCCUCUGCCACCCAGAGCCCCAUGUCAUCCUGCUGGUGCUGCCCACCACCACCACCUUCGGCCAAGAGGAGUGGCAGGCCAUGGAGGCCCAUGGAACCCCCAUCUGGCAGCGACUGCUUUACCCCAAACCAGUGAUCAUCUGGUCAUGUUGCGAGCCAGUUUAUGGGUCUCAGUGACCCCAUGGAGGCUGCCUGAUUUAUUUUUGCGUCCGUACAUUCAUUUGUCAAUUCAUUUGCUGAAUUGUUCAUCCAUGUUCCCAGUGGUUUCCGAGCCUGUAACGGGCAAUAAAUAUGAGGGGUCACAUCACAAGAUGAUUAAAAGGAUAAAUAAAAGAAACAUAUACUGUAUUUUUGUUACACAACAUCUAAUUUGAGCUUUCUUCUUGUGAAAUACUGGAUUUUAUCACCUCUUUUGGGGCUACAAAUGAAACAAUCAAAGAAAGAAAAAUCACUCUCAGAAAAAUCCCACACAACUGCUCACUAUUCAGAUCCACAGUAAAGCAUUUAGCUGUAGACUCUUAGUCUUGUUCACUUAUUACUAAAAUGAUGGUUCUUUGGCUCUGCCCAUUGAGGUUUAACUCAACCAAUGAGGUUAUUUCUGCUGCAGGAGACCUGCCUAUCGAGGAGCACAUAAGGCGACAAGGUCAGACUCUCCGCUGGCUGAUGGAGCGAUGUGGGAACAGGUAUCAGGUUAUGAACAACCAAUCCAGGGCCUCAGAGGCUCAGGUUGCAGAGCUCUUUGGGAAGAUCCAAAAGAUGAUGGAGACUCUCAAGCGUCCCAGGGAGAUCCAGUACAGGAUGUCCACCCAGCUGAGACAUGAUGUGAGUAUGAAGGAGGAGAGGAGGUGGGAGGGAAGACAAGAGGAGAUAGAAAUGACAGUGAGGCAUGACGUACAUGAUGGGAGGCCAAGAGAAACGAAGCAGAUGGCAUCAGGAUGGCCAUAUAUGCCCAGAGGAUUCCCAGCAGAUCCAGUUGGUUUUAAACCUGCUCUUGGCCUCAUCCUGCUGGGAAGGAGGAAGUCGGGGAAGAGCUCAGCAGGCAACAUGAUCCUGGACAGAGAAGAGUUUCAGAUCGACACAAAGACCAUCAGGUGCUCUGUAGGCCAUGGGAAAGUAUCAGGGCGGCCUGUCACGGUGGUGGACACCCCCGGGUGGAGUCUGUUUGGUCUGGCCAAUCCUGAGCAGGUGAGGAUGGAGAUCAGCCGGAGCCCUUCCCACUGCCCGGUGAGGAGCAAAGUGUCGUUCCUGCUGGCUGUACCGGUGGACUCGUUCAGAGAGAAAGACAGGAGAGCUGUGGAGAUGUACCUCAGCAUUUUGGGCAAUGAUGUGUGGAAAAGCACUGUGGUAUUGUUUACCCACGGAAAGGAGCUGAGAGGAAGGACGGUGGAGAAACACAUCCAGGAGAAGGGAGAACCUCUGCAGUGGGUGCUGGACAGAUGUGGCCGCCGGCAUCAUGUGUUUGAUACAAAUACUGGAGACGAUACUCAAGUAAACCAGCUACUGGAGAUGGUGGAGCAACUGUAGAAACUAUGUAUGACAAAACAGAAAGAAAAUAUGGGGAGACAUUUUCACUCACCUCCACCCACUUCGUCAGUCCACGGAGGAUGAUCAUGCUCACCAGCACUGGGUUUAAGUCCAACUCUGCCUUUAUUGAGCCGUAUUUGAAUUGUGCUCCAGAACAGUGCCACUGAAGGAAUGUAUCAAAAUGAGAUGUAUGAUAUAUGAGAUAAUGAUUCUAUGUCCUUGUUACAAAAUCUGCACAUUGGAGAUUGUAUAUUUAGCAACUGUUUUGUGGCUGAAAUUUUGUACAGCAGUUUAAAUUGAAAUGCUUGCAUAUGGCAGUCUGUAGUUGUUUAUCAUUUGAUAAACUGAAAUCCAUGGCAGUGUCAGAAAUGUCCAUGUUUGUGGUAAAGCUGAGAGAAGUUGACUGUACUCUUGCACUGAAGCGACCUGUCCUUACAUCUCGGUCAGGUGUCUGUGUGACAUUAUCCUACCAUCUUUACUGAAAAUAUCAUUUACAAAAAUAUUUCCUUUUGAAAACUUCUUAAA